AUGGAGCGCGGACUCCCCAACAUGACUGUGUCCCCCACACCUGAAUAUCCAGGAUUUGGUUCUGACAAUUCAGUGCAGAAUAGUAAAGGUCUGGGGCAGGGGGUUCCUGCCAUAAGCCCUGACUUAUAUUACUGGCCGGACUUGCUCUCUCUGCUCAUUUCCCCACUUGGGCUGAUUGGGAACGGCGCCGUCCUGUGGCUCCUGCGCUUCCGCAGCCGGAGGAACCCCUUCUCAGUCUACAUCCUCAAUUUGGCGGCGGCCGACGCUCUCUUCCUUUGUUUCUCCAUUCUUAGGUCCAUAUUCACACUUUUGGGACAUUUUUUGGAUUCAGCAUGGAUGAUAAUUUCAGGCUUCAAAUUCCUGUUCUACGCCGUGGGCCUGAGCCUCCUGGCCGCGAUCAGCACCGAGCGCUGUCUCUCCGCGCUCUUCCCCAUCUGGUACCGAUGUAGUCGCCCCAAACACACAUCGGCCGCGGUCUGCGCUGGCCUCUGGGCUCUGCCCGGGAUGUUCUGGCUACUAUCAUUUGUUCUUUGCCCGUAUAACUUUCUCACCUUCUUCACCAUCCUGGUUGCGUGGCUCCUCCUCCUCACCUGUGUGAUGGGCGUGUCCAGCCUGACUCUGCUGCUGAGGGUCCAGUGCAGCUCCUCGCGCCAGCGGCCCCCCAGGCUCUACCUCAUGGUCCUGCUCACGGUCCUCAUGUUCCUGCUCUGCGGCCUGCCCCUGGGGAUCAGGAGUUUCAUACUUUUUUACUCUCAAUUAGACCUCAUGCCUGAUUGGCUCUAUGACCCCCUGGCCUGUGUGAAUAACAGUGUGAACCCCCUCAUUUACUUCUUCGUGGGCAGACUAGGGCAUAAGCAGAGGGAACCUCUCAACGUGGUGUUCCAGAGGGCCCUUGGGGAUGAGCAGGAGUUAGGAGGUGGGACAACAAACACCCCCCACACCAGCAGCCAGGAGACUACACUCUGAGCCUAAGAAGAAGAUGUUCAGACACAGCAGCCCCUGAAAUGAGCCCCCUGCCCCAGACCCAGUAGCAACUUCCCUCUCUCAGGGAGGAAAAUCAGGAUUCCCCUGCCAUUAUUUAUGUGGAUACCUAAGAUUUGAACUCUAGGCAAUGAGCAUUUAUUAGGUGCCUGUUGUAUACCAGACAGCUGGAUAUCGAAAAAGGACAGAACUCCAAGGCCUGGAAUGAGAAGAACUGAGGUCACAUCUAGUCUAAGAAUGUAGCUGUAUAACCCUGCACAAGUCAUUCAACUCUGCCUCAAUUUCCUCAUCUGUAAAAUCAACUAUCAAAAGAAAUGCAAAGCUCUCAAGGGUCUUUGUCCAGAAAACCCCAGAUAGGGUCAUAUGACUGAACAACAAGACUAUACAGGAACUGCACUAAGCCCUUCAAAACAUUGCAUUUAGGGGCUGAUAGGUGGCACACUGGAUAGAGCAGCAGCCCUGCAAUCAGGAGGACCUGAGUUCGAAUCUGGUCUCACACGCUUAACACUUCCUAGCUCUGUGACUUUGGGCAAGUCACUUCACCCCAAUUGUCUCAGCAAAGAAAAAAAAAUUCUGUUUUAUAAUCACAAUACAAUGUGUUCUCCACACAUCCAUUUUACACUUGAGGAAACAGAGGCAGGCAGAGGUUCAAUGACUUGCUCAGGUGCCCAAAACCAAGAAGCAUCUGAGGCUAGAUUUGAACUCAGACUUGCAUGGACCGCCACUGGAUAAGUGAGCAGAACCAAGACAACAUUGUCCACAGUAACAACCAAAUCAUGGGAUGAUCCAUUGUGAUGGAUUUAUCUCUUUUGAAGUGUGGUGAUUCAAGGAAAUUCCAAUAGACUUGUGAUGGAAACUGCCAUCUGCAUCAAGAGACAGAAUUAUGGACCCUGGGUCUGGAUUAAAGCAUAGUAUUUUCACAUAUUCGCUGUGAUUUUUGUUUGUUUGCUUUUUUCUUCUUCCUCUUGACCUGGAUUUUCUCAUGCAGCAUGAUGAAUAUGGAAGUAUGUUUGGAGGAACUGCAUAUGUUGAACCUGUAUCAGUUGGCUUGCUAUUUGGGGGAUGAAGGAAGAGGAAGAAAAAUUUGGAACACGGUGUUUACAGGGGUUAAUGUUAAGACCUAUCUUUGCAUGUAUUCAAAAAAAUAAAGUACCUAUUUAAAAAAUUAAAGGCAAAAACUAUUUAUACAUAUAUACAAACACACAUAUAUACCUAAAGUGUGUGUCUGUAGCUAUUCUAUUUCUACUUCUAAUCUAGGCAAUUUAUAUUUUUGUAAAUAUGCUGCCAUUUCACUUAAAUUACUAAAUAUAUUGACAUAUAAUUGGACAAAAUAACUUGUUUCAAUUGGUUUCAUUUCAUCUUCAUUAGUAGUAGCUUAACACUUUGCGUUUUUAGUAUGAAUGAUGCAGUUUCCUUCUCUAUUUUUUAUAAUUAAAAUAAAUAAUUGGCUAAUAUGACUGGGGAUUUUCAGUUUGCUCUUUUUCUGUUUUAAUUGAAGACCCAAUUCAUUGGUCUGUUCUUUCUCUACUUUAUUGAGACAAGUAUUUAAGGAAAUAAAUUUUCCUGUGAUUCUUGCUUUGCGUGUAUCUGACAGGUUUUGGCAUGUUGUCUCAUGAUGGUAUUCCUUAAAUCAAGUUAUUGUUUCUUUGAUUUCUUCUUUUACCCACUCAUAUUUCAAGAUUAGGUGGUUUCAUUGCCAAUUAGUUUUGAAUCUAUGUUUCUGUGGUCUAUUAUUAAAUGUACCUCUUAUUGCAUUGUGAUCUAAAAAGGAUAUUUUCAAUAUUUCUGAUUUUAAGUAUGAAAUUUUAUAUUGUAAUAAGUGGUAAAUCUUUGUAAAGGUAUCAUAAUGUGCUGAGAAAAAAUGGUUUAUUUAUUUCUAUUUCUAGUCAAUUCUCUCCAGAUAACUAUCAUAUCUAGUUUAUCUAAAUUUCUAUCCAUUUCCUUAACAUUGUUCUUAUUUACUUUUAGUUAGAUUUACCAUUCUCAAUGCCAAAUAUUAAAGACUCACACUAUUAAUGUAUUAAUAUCUAUAAUUCAUUAACUGUUUAAAAGUUAGUUUCUAGAAUUUCGUAUACUUAACAAAUAUUGAUUACUUCUUGUCUAGGGAAAAGAGGUGGCGAAAAGAGGAGUAAAAUUUGGAACACAAGGCUUUGCAUGGGGUGAAUAUUGAAAGUAUCUUUGCAUGUAUUUCAAAAAUACAAAGUUAUUAUUAAA